AUGAAUUAUUAUAACCAGAAACUUAUAAAUAGGGUAAAUAAAAAUGAGAAUGAUACAAGUUUUGUUAAUGAAAAUCAUUUAAACAAUCCACAUAUAAAUAAAAAAAUAUUUGAAAAUAAUUACAAACCUAAUUUAAUUCCUAAUAUUCCAUAUGAAAAUAAUUUAUAUCAAAAUAAUCUAGUAGCAAAAAAUUUUAAUUAUACUAAUAGUGAUAACAAUGAUUUAUUAACAAAUCCUUUUAGUAAUCAAUCAUAUAUAAAUAAUGAAAUAAAUAAAAACAAUGAUAUUUUUAAUAAUUAUACAAUAACAAAUAAAAAUGAUUUAAAUAAAAAUAACAAAAAGGAAAAUGAACAGGAUCAAGAAGAGGAAGAGGAAGAAUUGCCUUUACUUGAAGAACUUGGAAUAAAUUUUGAUUUAAUUUCUAAAAGAAUGAAAUCUGUUUUUAUGUUUUAUAAAAUUGAUCAUUCAUUAUUUGAAAACUCUGAUUUAUCUGGACCAUUAUUAAUAGUUCUUUCUUUGGGAUUCAUACUAUUAUUAGCAGGGAAAGCUUCAUUUAGUUACAUUUAUUUAAUUGGAAUUGUAAGUAGUUUAAGUAUUUAUUUACUAUUAAAUAUGAUGAGUCAAAAUUUAACGCUAGAUUUAUAUCGCACAAUUAGCAUGUUAGGGUAUGCAUUGCUACCAUUGGUUAUUUUAUCAAUUAUAUCUAUACUUAUAAAUUUAAGAUCAAAAAAAGGGUACUCUAUUUCUUUUUUUUGCAUUUUAUGGUCAGCUUUAACGGCUUCAAGAUUUUUUGAAGUGGCUUUGUGUAUGAAUAGUCAAAGGUAUUUAGUUGCCUACCCAAUAUUUUUAUUAUAUUCUUGUUUUGCAUUAAUUAUUAUUUUUUAG